AUGGCACAAAACUCACUCGGCCCUGACAUCGAAAGAGAUACCGCCCAUCCCAUGGCCCAGAACGGAUCGUCGUCCAAGGAUGGACGCAAGCGCGUGCUCGUCGUGGGUGCUGGAGCAGCUGGCAUGUCCACUGCAUACCAUCUUUCGCAGCAUCGUGACAAGUUCAAUGUGACGCUUAUUGAUGCGGUUGACUACUGCGGUGGCCAGGCCUUCUCCAUUCCCCUGGACAAGGAACGCUACGGCGCCUCCUGGUGCAACCAAGGCGUCCAGGGAGGCUCUUACAUCUUUCACCACACUCUCACCAUGUUCCAGCGCCAGGGUUACCACGCGGAUCCCGUCGAUCUGCAGGUGUCUUUUGGCAAAGAUGAGACCUUUUGGUCCAACGUCUUCCCAACGCAGGUUAUGGUCAAGCACAAAAAGGAGGUGAAGCGCCUGGUCACCCUGCUGAAAGUCAUGCGAAUGUUCGAGGUCUUCUUCGCACUACUGCCACUCCGACUCGUCUUCAAGCUCUUCCUGUUCUCCGAGGACUUCAUCAACAUUGUGGCCCUACCCAUGACAGCUUUGUUCCUCGGCACUGGAAACGCCACGCCGCAGACCCCAGCCAUGAUGUUUGAGCGUCUAUGCACCUCUCCCACCUACGGCAUGUGGUACCACCCCGACGAGAAUUCAGUCGUCAGCAACCAGCCUCCAAUGGUUGUGUUCCCAAAGUUCUCAGACUUCUACUCGACAUGGCAGAAGGAUCUGAUCUCUCGCGGCGUGACAGUCCGCCUGUCGACCGAGCUGACAGAGAUUGUUCAGCGCGGCAAGAAAGGGGUCAUCGUCAAGCUCAAGCCUCGCACGCCAGCACCUGACGGGCACAACCCUGCCGGCGGAGACCCUGAUGCUCCCUCCGCUGAAGAGACUUACGACGAGAUUGUGCUCUGCUGCCUAGCCGACACGGCAAAGAAGGUCCUUGGAAAGGCAGCAAGCUGGAAGGAGAAGCAGGUUCUCGGUUCGGCCAAGUUCAGCGACGACAUCACCAUCACCCAUAAUGAUGCCGACUACAUGAAGAAACACUACGAAAAUUUCUACCGCGAGGACCUGGCCGUGGCCAAAACCAACGGCGUUGACCAGCAAUCCCGUCUGGACUUCGCCAAGACCAAUUUCCGCCCCAUGUACUACAUCAAGAUGUAUGACAAGGACAGGUCUAAGCUAGAGAUGUGCUUCGACACCACCAACUACCAGUCGCAGUUCCCCGAGAACGUGCCGUUCGAGCAACACGUCUUCCAGACCAUCUACCUGAACAAGGACCGCGACGGCAAGCUCUGGUCCGACGACGAGAUCGACGAGAGCAAGAUCAUCCGGAAGGACUGGUGGCAUCAGCUCUGCCACUCCUACACGCACUACAUCUUUGUUAUCCCGUGGAUGAUGUUCCUCCAGGCCAAAAACAACACUCGCUUCGCUGCGUCCUGGACGCUUGUCAACGCCCACGAGGUCGCUGUCAUGUCUGGCAUUGCGGCAGCAGUCGACCUGGGAGCGGAAUAUCCGGAGGACCUCGAGAACGACAAGUUCGCGUUCCUGUGUUUUAGAUUGUAUUACCUGCUUGCUUACGGAAAAUGGUACCGACGACGACACACAAAGGGCAAAUCUGCACCAACGACGCAGGCAGCCAAGGAGGGCGCGAGCUGGGCGAGCGGGCUGUACGGGUCAAAGUACAAGGGCCCCGGCGUGGUCGAUCAGGAAAGGUCCACCUGGAGGGAGGAAGUGAAGCAGGGCAACAGCACUGGAAAUCUGGCGAAUGUCUCACGGCCGCACUUCCGCCCCGUCCGACCAAUUGUCGACUCGCCACACGAACAAGCAGUCAUCGACGCCGGCUACCCCUGGGUGCGAACCAACCCGCUGAUGCCAACCUGGAUGUCCCCCGGUGCGGACCCGCGCUCCAACCCCGUCCCAGACCGGCUGAACUGGCACGGCCACCACGGCGUCAACACGCACCUCAUCUUUGAGGGAGACCUGACUUUGAUGAAACCCAAGAAAAUGUUUGGCCAGAACCAUGUUGCUGCUGUAACCUUGUCCACGGACCUCGGCGCCCCGAAAGAGCUUUCAGUUGCGCCAGAUGAGAUUUACUUCGGGACGACACAGCAGGCUUGCAAGUUCGUCGAAGGGCACCGCUGUCUGAGCCCCACGAGUGCGCAUCGGUAUAUGUCUAGGGGAAGCUUGGAGUGGGUUGAUAAGGCCGGACAAGCUGUCCAGGGCGGCGACCGGGCAUACGUUCUUGAGCAGCUCUACGACGCGGAAUUUGAGACCAACUUCGACUUCAAGGUCAUGCGAAGAGUGGCGACCUGUUCGUUCAAGGAUGACAACCAAAUCACCAGGAGCAUGCGCCAGUGGUUCCUGCGAGAAUGGAACGACCCUGAUGUCCAGAACGCCAAGGGCGACCUUCGCCCUGUCGUUCAUCCGUCGGAAUUCCCUUUGGCUCCACAGCGGCAGGAUCAUGAGAUGGAAAUUGGUGACGACAAGGCUGAUUCUGGUGAUGAGCUGGAGCUUGAUGAUGAAGACGGCAGUACUCAAGGUCUGGUCAAAGCUUUCCGAAAAUGGUUUGGCAUUACUGAGAACUAA